UCACCAGCAAAAGCCUCCGAUCCGAUCCUAUUGGCCCGUUCGCCGGAGGGCGAUGCUGAUUGGUAGGACGGAGCAACCUGGCUCCUAGUUGGCAGAGCUCUCCCCGGAUGGGAGCUCCGGCCGCGGAGUGAUGGUGGCGGCAGCGGAGAUGGGCCGGGCAGGGACCAUGGCGGUGGCGGCAGAGGUGGCAGGGGCGGGGCGGCUGGCAGUAGAGGAGGCUGUAGUCUUCAGGGGGCUGUAGGUGGAGGCAUGGCUCGGGCCAGCAGCGGGAACGGCAGCGAGGAGGCCUGGGGGGCACUUCGGGUGCCGCAACAGCAGCUUCGAGAGGUUUGCCCAGGAGUGAACAACCAGCCCUACCUCUGUGAGAGUGGCCACUGCUGCGGGGAGACUGGCUGCUGCACCUACUACUAUGAGCUCUGGUGGUUCUGGCUGCUCUGGACUGUCCUCAUCCUCUUUAGCUGCUGUUGCGCCUUCCGUCAUCGACGAGCUAAACUCCGGCUGCAGCAACAGCAGCGGCAGCGUGAGAUCAACUUGUUGGCCUACCACGGGGCAUGCCAUGGGGCUGGCCCUGUUCCUACCAGUUCACUGCUUGACCUUCGCCUCCUCAGCGCCUUCAAACCCCCAGCCUAUGAGGAUGUGGUUCACCGCCCGGGCACACCACCACCUCCUUACACUGCGGUCCCAGGCUGCCCCUUGACUGCUUCCAGGGAAUGUACCUGCUGCUCCUCCACUUCUAGCUGCCCUGCCCACUUCGAGGGAACAAAUGUGGAAGGUGUUUCCUCCCACCAGAGUGCCCCCCCUCAUCAGGAGGGUGAGCCUGGGGCAGGGGUGAGCCCUGCCCCCACACCCCCCUCUUGCCGCUAUCGCCGCCUGACUGGUGACUCUGGCAUCGAGCUGUGCCCUUGUCCUGACUCCAGUGAGGGUGAGCCAGUCAAGGAGGCUAAGGCUAGUGCUAUUCAGCCAGAUCUGGGGGACUGUCCCCCGUGUACACUGUCCCUAGACCCCAUACCCCAAGUUUCUUCUAUGGGGCUGGCUACCAGUGAAGGGGGCAUCCCAUAAGCAGUUUGAGGAGGAUGGGUUGGUUGCUUGCCCACUAGAAACAGCCCUGGUUCCAACUCCUGGAGUUCUCGGCCUCUCCCUGCCUUCCUAGAAUCUGCCUGAAAGGGCUGGAGUCCUGGGACAGGGGCCAUGUUUGGGGGACUGUGCUAGCUCUACCCCCAGUGACAUACACAGGAGCCUUUGAUCUCAUUAAAGAGAUGUGAACCAGCUGCUUGUGGA